AUGCAGUUACAAUUAUUGUUACACCUCGGAAAGAGUGAAAGAGAGAAGGAGAAAGAGGAGGCGAAAAAGCACAAUAAGCGGUACGGCACCAAGUGCAGAGGCUGCUGCCAGGGCAUCUCGCCGAACGACCUGGUGCGGCGGGCCCGCGACCAGGUGUACCACCUCAACUGCUUUACCUGCAUGGUGUGCAGAAAGCAGCUGUCGACCGGCGAGGAGCUCUACGUCCUAGACGACAACAAGUUCGUCUGUAAGAACGACUACGAGAACGGCAAGGCACCAGACUCGCUGCUGUGCUCGGCGUCCGAGGACGAGGAGGACGACGAGUCGUCCAACGCGGCCUCCACCCCCGUCAAGCACCACAUCAUCCACCACGGCGGCGGGCCGCAGGAGACCAACAACAACUCGCUGCACGGGCCGCUCGCCGCCGACACCAAGCCCAGCCACGACGACUCGGAGGACCAAGGUUCGCUGGACGGCGACCCGGAGACCCGGGACUCGCAGACGGAGAACAAGAGUCCGGACGACGGCAACUCGGGGUCCAAGCGGCGGGGGCCGAGGACCACCAUCAAGGCCAAGCAGCUCGACAUCCUCAAGACGGCCUUCUCGCAAACGCCCAAGCCCACCAGGCACAUCCGGGAGCAGCUCGCCAAGGAGACGGGACUGCCCAUGAGGGUUAUCCAGGUCUGGUUCCAGAACAAGCGCAGCAAGGAGCGGCGGCUCAAGCAGCUCACCUCCAUGGGCCGCGGCCCGUUCUACGGCGGCUCCCGGAAGAUGCGCGGCUUCCCGAUGAACCUCAGCCCCGGCGGCCUGGACGACGGCCCGCCCGGCUUCCCCUACUUCGCCACGGCCGACGGUCCCAUGGACCCCGGCCCUAUGCCCAUGGGCGGGGAUUUCCCCGGCAUGCCCGGCGAGCCCCCUCCAGGCUUUAUGCCCCAACCUCCCCCCUCCAACGACCCCCAGCUGCUGUCGCAGCGGGCGAGCCCCGAGUUCAUCACGUCGCAAGUUGGCAUCCCUGUCAGACAAACAAUUGUAUCAAAGCUUGAAAAAUGUGAUAAAACUUACAAGGAAGCAAUCCAAGGUCUCUAG